AUGGCGACCAGGACAAUGAACAUCCCCAAAGAGCUUUGGAGACAGACGGACAUGGGAUGCAGAGGGGGAAUGAAACAGCGCACAAGGCAAGCAAGGGACAUCCCAGAUGACAAUGUUUCCAUUGAUGGCUUCCAGACUAUUCGGGCCAACCCGGGCUGCACUGAGAGCGCUGUCUGUGGCGUAUCUGCAUACGUUCCUCGUCAGUAUGUCUUUGUGAAUGAGAGUAAAAUCUGGACUGAAGCUCAGAGCUACUGCAGACAGACCUACACUGACCUGGCCACCAUCAAUGGGAAUUUCUACAGAGAUGGAGACACAUACAGAAACUGGAGGAGGGGAGAACCUAACAAUGCGGGGAACAGGGACGAGUACUGUGUUGCGAUGUUUAAAGAUACUGGAGACUGGUUUGAUUAUCAGUGUAAAGCAUUAUACUCUUUUGUGUGCUACAACGAAAAGAAGACGAGCACUGAAAGAUACGUGUUCAUUAAUGAGACAAAGAACUGGCACGAUGCUCAGAGCUACUGCAGAGAACGUCACACAGACCUGGUCAGUGUGAGGAACCAGACGGAGAACCAGCUGAUUUUUAAUUUGUCAAAAAUCAACUCAAAUGUUCACAUUUGGAUCGGCCUGUUCAACGACUCCUGGCAGUGGUCGGAUCAGAGUGACUCCUCAUUCAGAUACUGGAUGUCUGGUCCAGAGAAUUAUGGUCAAGGUGAAAUGUGUGCUGCAGUGUUUGAGCAGGGCUACUGGAAUAAUGUGGCCUGCAACAACAAGCUCCCGUUCUUCUGCUAUGAGAAUAAGCUGAUCUUGAUCAAGGAGAAUCUGACCUGGAAAGAAGCUCUGAGACACUGCAGGGUGAAGCAUGUGGAUCUGGUCUCAGUUCACUCUGAGGAGAUCCAGCUCUGGGUGAAGGAGGUGGCACAGAACGCCUCCACUGAACAUGUGUGGCUGGGUCUGCGUCACACCUGCACCCUCAGCUUCUGGUUCUGGGUGAGUGGAGAGUCUAUCUGCUACCAGAACUGGGCUCCAGGUAACGGGACAGGAGGAGAAGACUGCAGCCCUGUAGAGAGAACCGGAGCGGUGCAGGCUAGAGGAGGUCAGCAGUGGGUCAGCCUGCCUGAGGACCAGAAACGCAACUUCAUCUGCCUCACCUAUGAAGGUUAG